CGCGUGCCUGGGGGUGCGGAGCUGGAGACCGACCGAGAUAGGUGGGGCGGGGGGCGGAGCGACGAGCCGCGGCCUGGGCAGAGACCCCGACGGGGAUGCUUGGUGUUCCCGGGCACCCGCUCGAGGCUCCGGUUCAAAGCGCAGUUCCCUUUCCACUGGAAACCAGUAGUGUGUAAAAUCUGCCCGUGUCUGGGGCCCAGCGUAACUUUAAAAGCCAGCUAAGUGGUGAUUCUGUGGUGUAAAGGUGACCAACCGAAUUCCUGGAACACUUUCCUGGGGAGGACCGUUUCUCCUAAUCACCGCUACGGUGUGAACAUCACAAAUGUCGUCCAGUGAUAGAAGAUCCAGGAAUCGGGACAGACACUAUGAUGAGGUCCCAAGGGACUCAGACUAUCCAGAUGGCACUGUGAGAACCUUCCAGACUCUUCGAGACAGUGAGCUGGCCGUGAGCGCUGAUCCACUGCCACCACCCCCUCUCCCAUUACAGCCGCCCUUCGGCCCAGAAUUCUACUCAAGUGACACAGAGGAACCGGCCAUAGCGCCGGAUCUCAAGCCUGUAAGACGCUUUGUCCCUGAGUCCUGGAAGAACUUCUUCAGAGGGAAGAAAAAGGACCCGGAGUGGGAUAAGCCGGUGUCGGACAUCAGAUACAUCUCCGAUGGAGUGGAGUGUUCACCUCCAGCCUCGCCCACAAGAUCAAACCGUCGUUCACCCCCCAACUCCUGCAAAGAUCCUCACGGUGGGUCCGAAGGCAGCUGGCGUUCCCAGAAAGAGACUGAGGCCAUGUUUCCUCACGAUCCCUAUGGAUCCCUAGGCCGACACACACACACAGCUCGAACCUACAGCGAGAAGGUAGAGGAGUAUCACCUUCGGUAUUCCUACAUGAAGUCGUGGGCAGGCCUGCUGCGGAUCCUGGGGGUGGCCGAGCUGCUGCUGGGGGCCGGCGUUUUCGCCUGUGUCACGGCGUACAUUCACAAGGACAGCGAGUGGUAUAACAUGUUUGGAUAUUCACAGCCCUACGGCAUAGGAGGCGUGGGUGGCCUGGGCAGUACCUACGGGGGCUAUUACUACAGUGGCCCCAAAACCGCUUUUGUCCUUGUGGUUGCUGGCUUGGCCUGGGUGACCACCAUCAUCCUCCUGGUGCUUGGCAUGUCCAUGUAUUAUCGGACCAUUCUUUUGGACUCAAAUUGGUGGCCCCUCACUGAAUUUGGAAUCAAUGUCUCCUUGUUUAUUUUGUACAUGGCCGCAGCCAUAGUCUAUGUGAACGAUACCAACCGAGGGGGACUCUGCUACUAUCCGCUAUUUAACACGCCAGUGAACGCAGGAUUCUGCCGGGUGGAAGGAGGACAGAUAGCAGCCAUGAUCUUCCUCUUUGUCACCAUGAUUGUCUAUCUCAUUGGUGCUUUGGUUUGCCUAAAGUUGUGGAGGCACGAGGCGGCUCGGAGACACAGGGAAUACAUGGAGCAACAGGAGAUAAGUGAGCCAUCAUUGCCAUCGAAAAGGAAAAUGUGUGAUAUGGCCACCAGUUGUGAGAGACAGAGAGACCAAGAAGUUAAUUUUAAAGAACUAAGAGCAACAAAAAUGAAACCUGAACUUCUGAGUGGACAUAUUCCCCCAGGCCACAUCCCCAAACCGAUCGUGAUGCCAGACUACGUGGCGAAAUACCCUAUGAUUCAGACAGAUGAUGAGCGAGAACGCUAUAAAGCUGUGUUCCAGGACCAGUUUGCAGAGUACAAAGAGCUCUCCGCAGAAGUUCAGGCUGUCCUGAGGAAGUUUGAUGAGCUGGAUGCCGUGAUGAGCAGAUUGCCGCAUCAUUCAGAAAACCAGCAGGAACACGAGAGAAUUUCAAGAAUCCACCAAGAGUUUAAGAAAAAAAAGAAUGACCCUACAUUUCUAGAAAAAAAAGAACGCUGUGAUUAUCUGAAGAAUAAACUUUCUCACAUAAAGCAAAGGAUUCAAGAAUAUGAUAAAGUAAUGAAUUGGGAUGUACAGGAUUAUUCUUAAAACUUCUUUGAAACCAACUUUUUUAUAUCAUGCUUAAUAUUUAUUUACUAUCUUUUUUUAUGCUGGUGUCUGUGAUAGAGAAGCAAGUGCCUCAUGAAUAAGCUUCUGGUUCAUUUAGCUGGUGUGUCACAUUAAGACAGUUUGUGAUUGCAUUUCAGGCAUUUCAAAACAAUUUCAAGGGCCUUUACUGAGAGUGGAAGAAGUUCUCCUUGUGGUGUGAUGAUCAAGUGAAGUUAUCAGUCCUGGUGCUGCUCUUUCCUUUUUUACUUAGGCCGGUUCCCGGGACUUUUUAGGACAAACGUCUCAUACUAGCCAAAGAUGUCAGUUCCUCUCUUGAAAGGGGUUUGAAUCCGAGAUCAACAUUUUCAAGCCUUAUGAACGUACGCAAGUUGCUUAAUCUGCCUGUGUCCGUUUCCUCGUCUGUACAAUGGGGCAAAUUAUAGUACCUACCUCACAGGGUUGUUAUGAGGAUUAAAUGAGUUAAUGUUUGUAAGCACUUAGGGCACUCUGUAAGCACUGCACUAGAGUUUGUGAAAUACAGACCUGUUUGUGAAGUGAAUAAUCUACCUAGAACAAGUCUCAAAGAAAGGACCUUAAUGAGCAAGUCCAGCCAGCUAACCCAAGGCCAUGGCCUGUAAAUAACUCUUACACACGUUGCCUUAAAUAGAUGCUUCCCUGUGGCUCUGUGCCCACUGGGGUCCAAUGCAACCUUCUUAUCUUUCUUUAAUCAACAUCACUGUGUACACACCUUCAUGUUCCCACAGCCCAGCCAUUCCUCUAAACCUCAAAUAGAAAGACUGAGCGUUUACUGUUUCUUUUUCUGUCCUGUUUAGACAUCCAUCCUAAGGCCCUGUGAUGUUACAUCUUACUUAGAAUCUCCCUUCGCUUUAUUGGAAUGCUUCAUUAUCCCAAGAAUUAGCUUGACUUUAAGGCUUUAUUCAUGAGAAAUGUUUUAUUUUUGUUAAUGUGAACAAGAGACUGCCUUAAAAAUGUUUUUUAAAAAAUCAUUGUUAUUGGAUCCUAUUCAGCAGCGUCUAUCUUGUAGAUUAUUUCCCAGGUGUAGAAGUACAAGUGAAAUUGUUAGUCACUCAGUCGUGUCCGACUCUUUGAGACCCCAUGGACCAUAGCCCCCCAGGCUCCUCUGUCCAUGGAAUUCUCCAGGCAAGAAUACUGGAAUGGGUUGCCAUUUCCUUCUCCUUACUUCUGGUGAGAAGGAAGUAAGGAAGUAGUAGGAAGGAAGUAAGAAGUAGUAAGACAUAAAACCAAUGCUUUGGAAAAAUAAAAUUAAGGAGAAGCAAAAAUGUUUAGAAAACAGGAGAUCAGGUGGGAGAAUGCAGCAAAUCAGAAAUACAGUGUUGGCUUCAUAUAGCUGCCAUUCAAAUAAUUAACACUCGAGGAAUUUUCUAAGGUGAUAAAACCAAAGAAAAACAUGUGGAAAAGCAAAGGUUUACAAAGUGUUGGUUCCCAAAUAAGUUUUCUAGUUCUUCUUUGUCAGUGAAAUCUCGUUCAGUGUAUAUUGUUAAUAUUUUCAGUCCUCGGUUCUCAGACAAUGCUUAGGGUGCUACGAGUUUUAAGAGGUGAUACUGAGGGAAGUGUGAGGCCCCCUUGGAAACCCUCCUCAUGAACUAGAACAGCUUUACUUUCUGUUUUAUAUACUGGGGUCCCAUGUUAACAUUUCACUUAAGAAAAACACUGAUGCUUAAAAAAAAUCAGAUUAAUACUGAAAUGACGUGUCAAGGAAAUUUAACUUUGUGAAACUAUAUUUUACUAUAAUUGUAAAUGUUAAUCUUUGAAAACCCAUGUUAUAAUGUUGAUUUUUGCAGUUUUUAUGUAAAUACGUAGGUUUAUUAAAAUUUCAGUUACCUGUU